GUCAAGGGAAGAAAGAGAAACAUAAUACCUUAGAUUUGAGAAACACAUGUUUUGUCAGGACCUUAUUGGGUAGCAGAACUCCUAAACCUUUUCAAAUAUAAAAAAGACUGAGCAACUGAAUCAGCUGUUUCACCUUUGCAGAGACUUGUGAUAAUGAUAAGAAGAGGUCAUAAACUCUCCAGGUCAUUGCUCUGUAUUCGAAGGUUAUUUUCAUCCUUUCCCACCUUCUGUCUCUCUUUUCCACCAACCGCUGUCACUGAUUUCCCCAGUGGAAAAUGUUUCAUUAAAGCCCCAGAGUUUAAAGAGUGUGUAGACAUCAUAGAUGGAGGGUAGUCGCUGCCUCCACGUGUACACACACUCUCCAGCUCAGUCACAUGGAAGAGCAGAGGGACACACGCGCAGAGAAAACUCUCCUCAUUAACUAAUGAGCAGGAUGUCAGCGGCUGCACACACACACACACACACUGAUUUUCACUGAUUAUCUCAUCCAGUAAUAGAGUGUCAUCAUCCUGCUGUGCUCUACUCACACAGCUGUACUCUCUCUCUCUUCAUUCAUGAAGUGAAACUAUUUUUGUGGCUGACUCUACUCGUUGUGUUCAGCAUGGAGGCGGUGGCUCUUUUCUCUUUUACAGCAUCAGAAGCAGAUGAGAUCAGUUUUCAAAAAGGGGACAUUAUCAAGGUGACAGAAAUGGAGGAUGAUUCUUGCUGGUUCACUGCAGAGAUCCAGGGGAAACGUGGCUACGUGCCUGAAAACUACAUUUCCCUCCUUCCUCAUCCGUGGUUCGCAGGACAAGUGUCGAGACUUGAAGCCGAGCGUCGUCUCCGUUGGCAGGACAUGGGAGUGUUCCUGCUGAGGGAGAGUGAAUCAGCUCCGGGAGAGUUUUCUGUCUCUGUUAGCUAUGGUGACAGGGUGGAACACUUCCGAGUCCUGGAGGGGGGAGGUCAGUACUGCAUCUGGGACGAGUCGUUUUGCUCCCUCAACCGUUUGGUGGAUUUCUACAGAACCCACAGCAUCGCUGUGGAGAAAGUGGUGCUGCUCAGAGACCCUCCCUCGUCCCCUCGCCUGCUGUCCCACCCUCAGUGUAACCCCUAUCCUAACCCUUACAAAAGCAGCUCUCAGGAGUCCCUCCCCUCACCCCGCCUCUACGCUCACCCCUCUCGCCCGGAGAGAGAAACCUCCCAACAUCUGCUGGAACCAGUUUUGGGGAAACCUCGUCUGGCUCAUGCCCUCUGUGAUUACACCCCCCCUCAAACUGCCCACCUCCACUUCCUGCGGGGUGAUAUCAUUGACCUGCUGGACUGCUCCGGUUCUCUGACCUGGAGAGGGCGCUGUCGAGGCCGAGUAGGCAUCUUUCCGCCGGAGUAUGUCCAACCUCUGUACCACUGACACCAUAUCAGUGUCACUGACACUUACCCGUCAGGCUGUAGUGACUCACCUUAUUUAUCCAGCAACUGAACUGACGCUGAAACAAUUAGUCCAACACUCAAUUAAUUAACAGCAAUUUUCAUUAUUGAUUAAAGGCCCUGAAAAUUUAUUUUUUCAAUCAGCCUCUUACAAUGAGCAUCCUGAGUGGACACAGUAUUUUCAACCAAAGUUGGUACAGUUUUGCUUGUGUCACAUGAAAAAUAUCUGUUGUUAUGUCUGUUCUUCUCCACGCUCCUUACUGUUGUGUUUGACGAGAAAAAUCUACACUGACUUACUUCACUACUACAAAUGAAUCCACGGAUCACGGUUAUUUCACUGGGGCAAAUUUGUUUUGCUGUAAAUUGUCACUUUAAAAUACUGCUGUGACCGGGUCUCUAAAACCUGAAGAUGUGUUUUUCAACUUUAUUUUUUGUUGAUUUAGUCCUAAAUACUUAAUGUUACAGAGAAAUACUAAAGAUUUGAAAUCAGGUUCAAAUCAAGUAAAUCAAAAAUUAAGUGAAAUUAACUAAUUUCCUGUGCUGAAUACAUGACAUGACAUUUGACUUUAUGUUAACUUUGUUUUACCAUCUUGUCCACGCCCUGAACCUCCCCUAUAGUAAAUGUAAGUAAACUGUACAGAAGCCAAAUAAAGUGUGCUUUUAUCUCAUUAUAAAUAUUGUAACCUGCGUUUUGUGGACAAACACAUGUAGCUUUGAUGCAUAUAUCUUUACAUUUAUUAGAGAUAUCACCAGAAAAAAAUAUCAAGUUAUCAAGUUUCUUCACAUUCAACAAUCUGUACUUCUCAAUACUCAUGAAUGAAUUUCACCAAUAAAAAAAAUUAACUCAAAUGCACAGCAACUUGGACAUUACAACAGAGUUUCUCAACCUUGAGAUUGAUGCCUCUUGUUAACUUGACUGGAGCCACAAGCAAUUUUCAGUACCCUAUAUUGUAAUUUGUUUGAUAUAUUUGUAGUAAUAAAAAAUAAAUGUAAAACUCAUUAUUUUGGUGUAAUUUGGAUGCACAUAAAUGCAUGCCAUGUUUAAAUUUGCAUGACCAUUUUAAAGCUCUUUCAAAAAUAGCUGUCAUAAGGACCAGAAAAAGUUGAGGAAUUCUGAUUCAUAAUAAUUAUAAAAAAGCUUAAUAACAUGAAAGAACGCUACAACAAUAACUAAAGGUUCACUAAACCUUGCUUGACAGACAUGAGGCCAUUUAGAUAAAUAUAAAAUUACCACUGAGCAUAAAUUCAAUGUCAAAUUCAAAAGUACAUGAAAGUCACGUACAACCUAAACCACAUACUGAUAGAUGUAUUCUUAAUAUAUAAUCUUAUUUUGUAAGCUUUAAGUGCAGGAUAUGAUGUCCAUGGCGCAAUAACUGCACAUUCGUGUUCACAGUAAUUUGUACAAUACCCUUCUAAAACUUUAAAACGAAGCCACAGAACUAGGCUACAAGAAGUAGAAGGGGAAGGUCUUUAUGAACAAACCAAUAUCCUAUAGUGGGGCAGUGGUAAAAUAAUAAACAUAACAUCAAAGCACAUCUGUAGAAAUACUGGACACAGCCUGAACUGCUCACCAUUUAAACACAUUGUGAGAGGGCAGAUUUUUGAACAUUUUCACCAUUUUCCCAUGACAUUUUGCACUUCCUUGAAUGAGAAAGUCUGGCAUGUGUAUUCCAUAUAUGUAAUUUGAUGCAGAUGUGGAUCCAGUUGCAGAUAAUAGAACAUCUCAACAUUUGCUGUUAUGAUAGAAUAGACUCAGAUUUUUGUGCAGCCUUUAGUGGAGGUAUGUGCUCUCUGGGUAUUUUCUACUUUGAAAUGUGGAUGUUUUACAGCACCUGAAACUACAACAGUUUUGUGAAAUACAUUGUGUUGAUUUCUGAAGAAUUAAAAUUGAAAGAAUCUGUGCCAAAAAUCUAUUUGUUUCCCCACCUUCUUGGAUCUGGAGAACUCGGCUGCUGUUUGGCAGGCAGAGUUUGUAGUUCAUGUUGAAGAUGCUGGCAGGAGUUCAACGUGAGGGUGAGG